UGAAAAGGGGGCUCUUGUCCAUCACCGUCCGAGGGUUUCUUCCCUCCCUCCAACCUAAACGCCCGUUAGGUCCUCCCACUCCCCUCCCGCCGCGAUGGUGGUUUGAUGUCUGCAGGUACAAUCGGAUCGAAGCAAUUGGCGGAAAGGACCAAAGGGGUACAGGUACCUUAUCAACCGACCACUGCUAGUGAAGAGCCGCAUUCUCCUCUCUCAGCCCGCGGCGUGACAAGCUUCAUCACGGCAUCCCAAAAGUCGGACCGCAAUGGCGCAACCCUCGAAACGAGACCGGCCAAUUUUAGACGAGCUGCUAGUUUUUUCACCAAAAGUGCAAGGCUCUCUCUCCUUCUUCUCCCCUUGUCCCCCACAGUUGUGAAAUUUGACCCCAUUUUGGGCUGCCAUUCGCAAUGCCCAAAGUGCAUUUCCACACAAUCCUGGAUCGCUUUUUUGGGGGUUCUCUUCAUCUUUGGAGCCUGGGUCAGGUGUCGACAAGUACAUAUCGAUCCUCAUGACUCGUUUACCUAUGGACCGACAUCGAUCGAUCGAAAACCGGAAACUCGUACACUACAGUGCUCACCAACAGCAGAUGGGACUCCCACGUCCCUGAAAUAGGGAACAAGGGACUCUUUGAAAUGAUCAUCAACGCGCAGCGGUAUUUACCGAUAUAGCAGAUAUGAAUACUCGGGGCGUUACAAUCUCUCGCUAUGUCGCCCAUCGGUAUCUCUCUUGGCUACUCAGCCAUAGUCUCAUGAUGGGUGAUGGGCAACAAGAUCUUCUCGCAACUGUCAUGGAGCCGCUAACACCAUCCUGGUGAGGCCGGGCGCUGGAGCUGUUAACGAGUUCCCCUUUUCGCCAUGUCAGUUUCUGGCUGUCCCAGCCGUGGACCCGUGGUGGCACACCCACCUGGCGGGGCCACUUCGGACAAGGGCGAUAAAGGCGGUGGGUUCCUUGGUGGAGACAAUGCAAAACCUCAUGGAAGGACCAGGAUUCAAAUGACGUGUGUCGUCGCUUUUCACCAUUUCGACUGGUCAGGAACGUCGCGACAACCACAAUCUGGGAGCAAACCUGGGAGCCAAACCUGGAAAGCGGAACUUGCGAAACUCGACGAGUCCCACUGAAGUGGCGGAACUGCGGACGGCAAUACCUUACCGUUGCCGCGCCGCUUGCAACCAGCUGCCCGCCCGCAACCGGCUUGCACAAAGCGACGGACAGGCUUGACACACACAGGCACAGCGCUGUUCUUGCAGUAACCGCAGUAGCCAAAGAAUUCACCGAGAGCCGCGACCAGCCAAUUCCACUUCCUCUUGUUCGUACCCUGACCACAUACUUCAGGGGCAACUGGGCAAUUUGCGUCGACUGUUCUAGCCGCCCGCGAGCACCUUGUCCAGAGCAACGCUGAGAUCACCAUAAGAUGCCGAUCAAAAGUGGAAGGACGCGCUCAGAGCGCUCAAUCGACGCACGGGGGGGAUACGAGUCCAGGUGAUAUCACAACCACAACACGUGCCCUGGUCUUUCUCAUCGGAAAUUUUCAGCGAAGCAAAGCCUCACACGGGUCGAAUAUAGUGUCCUUAGUCGGAGGUUUUGAGACUGUUGAAACAAGAGGGACAGUACCCUUUCAGCCAAAAAGACAGGGCAAGACAAAACAAGGAAAGACAUCCAUGCUUUGACAGGACGCCUUGAAUCUUCGAGGUGCAUCUCCACUGGACUAGCCCGCCCUUGCGGAUGCCUUGUUUGGGAUAACCGAUCGUCGCUUCGGCCGCCUCCACCAGCCCGCCGCCCGGGGGGCCGGGGCCUUAACACCACGACCAUCAUCGACGCUAACACCAACAAUUUGGGUGUCCUCGGUCUGAGACGGUACCUGGCUCCAGCUGCCCUGCUGCCAACACUCCUCGCCGUCCAAUCAUCAAUGACGCUGACAAGGACACGGAAAUCGGAUGGGAACAAUGCAAGUACAGGUACAUACCUACUGGUCUGGCAGCACAUGUGGCAUGAUAGCUCGUUGCUACCGGCUGGACGCAGUAGAGCGGGCGUGGGCGUGGGCGAGCCGCUGUAUACCUUAUCAUUUGUUUUUUUUUUUUUUUUUUUUUCCGCCCAUGGUUCUUGGCCAGCAUGUGUCAUAUCUCCUCCAUCGUCCAUGAACAUCCAUUCCACUCACCCUCUCCUGCUGAUCCAGUCCCUAUUCCCUCUUUGUUUGUGUACUCGCUUAAUUCCGGUGCUAGUGUACAUACCACCACAACCUGCACAUACCACAGCCUCUACACCACUGUCCAAGGCCGGAACCUUGCCUUCUCAACUCCUUUAUCUCCAUCCCUGUUGUUGAUCAACGUCUGUUGACGGCCGACCCCCACGACGCAGCCAACUCCCAGUCACAUCACGGGCAGUCCAGAGACACCUCUCCUUCCGAGAUUAUCAUUCACCUUAUUUCUCCUUCUUCCUCAGUUCCACGUUCCUCGAAUCUCUCCACGACGAUCCGAAACCAGUCUGGAGCCUCGCCAUUAUUAGCACCAGAGCUCCAAGACAUCUCAACCAACUCUGACAUCAUCAAUCUUGGGAUACUUGUGGGAAGGGCAAAGUAGCCCUCUCGCCCGUGAGAGGGCGUUGCUGUAGCCAUGGUUUCUGCGCAGGAUCAGGGUGAUAUCGGCGGGGCCAGCAACAGCCGGAGUGGAAGUGAUAGUGAGACAACCCUCCAGGGAGUUCAGGGAGGAAUUGGGGUUGAACCAUCUGGGGGUGGAAACGGGGAGGGCAGCAGUAGCACCAGCCAGAAUGCCAGCGCCAACAUCAGCGCAACUGCGACACCUCUACCGGAGCAACCGCUACUUGCGCCACAGAUCCCCCACCUUCAGCUUCCAAAGGGAAAAGAGAAGAAGCGAGUUGGCUUCCUUAGCGAUAGACCACCAGGACAGGCCGGUGGCCCACCAGCCCCCCAGGUAGUCGUCACUCCGGAUGGACAGGAGCAUACUGCACAGGAUUACUUCUCCUCGCCCAUCCACGACUACGACUUUGCCACGACCCCUCCGCACCACACCUUCGGCCCUCCAGCAAAACGCGACUCCUUUAAUAAAGAUGAGGUUACGGCUGCCCUAGCCGAGAUCUUGAGGCCCGAGCUCAACAACCAGGCCAGUUCCGCCCAUCCCGUUCGGCCACGUCCUGUUCUUCGCAAAAACACGACAACUGUUCCCGAUCCUCAACCCGAUAUGCUCAAGCCUCCCCAUCGAUCCGAGGUGGAAGCACGUAACCGCGCCGACAAGCUUGCCCACGCCGUCGGCACUUCAUCAGUCGGUGCGUCUCGAAGAAACUCGUUUGCUGGCAAUGAUAGCGACUCUGGAGACGAAACCACCCUCAACGGAAACGUACCGCCAAUUGGUAUCUCUAUCAGUCGCGACUUUGAGGCGCAGGAUCAAGACGACUCCCACAGCCUCCGCGCUCGCAGGAAAUCACAGCAAGUCGCCAAUGAUCUGGUCCGGAAGCAUACACGCCGCAUCAGCGCUUUCAACGCUCUCAGCCGCCCACAAACCGCCCAGAGCACGCACGUGUCUGGAACUGCAACACCAAUCCCUCACGACCUGGACUAUGUACCUCGCCCAGACAAGUAUAGGGGUGGUAUUCUGGGGAACUUGCUCAAGUUAUACAACGCAGAAGAGACGGCAGGCGCAGGAACGUCUGGUGGCUCCAGUACCAUGACCACCCCAAGUCAGACACCGAACAGAACGCCAACAACGACUCCUCCUACCUCGAGGCCCAGUACUCCCAAGACGGACAAGGAUCGGGGAAGAAGCCGCGGGUUUCGAUCAUCGUCCACAUCGAGGCUCAUGGAAUCGUCCUUCAUGUUUGCUGUCCCCGGUGCCGGAAAAGAGGUAGCCGAAGCUACGGAAAAGGCUAAGCAGGAAAAGGACAAGACCAAAAGACGGUCGAGAUCGAGACUCAGAGCCGAUAAGCAAAAGCUGGAAGAGUUCCGCAUCACCAAACACAUUGCAGAGAUUAUCAGCCGCCAUCGGUACCUCUUGAAGCUGUGCAACGCGUUGAUGAUGUACGGUGCACCCACACAUCGCUUGGAAGCCUACAUGAGAAUGUCCGCCCGCGUCCUUGGCAUCGAAGGCCAAUUCAUGUACCUGCCGGGAACCAUGAUCAUUUCAUUCGACGACAGCAACACUCACACUACCGAGAUGAAAAUUGUGCGCAGUAAUGCCGGCGUCGACCUCGGCAAGUUACGCGACGUUCACGAAGUCUACAAACAGGUCGUACAUGAUCUCAUCAGCGUCGAUGAGGCUACAACGCGAUUGAACGACAUUACGAAUCGGAAGAACAAGUAUCCAACUUGGCUGCGUGUUCUGCUCUUUGGUGUGGCUUCCGCGACGGUGGCCCCUUUUGGUUUUGAGGGUCGGUACAUCGACAUGCCUAUCGCCUUCAUUCUCGGAUGCAUGGUUGGCAUCUUGCAGCUUUAUAUUGCGCCUGCGAACGAGCUGUACGCAAACGUUUUUGAAAUCACGGCCGCUCUCCUCACAUCCUUCUUCGCGCGUGUUUUCGGAUCGCUCCAAAAUGGAGACUUGUUUUGCUUCUCCUCACUUGCACAGUCUUCAAUUGCUCUGAUUCUUCCGGGUUACAUGGUUCUUUGUGCAAGCUUGGAGCUACAAAGUCAUUCCAUGAUAUCCGGUUCGGUCCGCAUGGUUUACGCACUCAUCUAUUCGCUGUUCCUUGGCUAUGGCAUCACUAUCGGAUCCGUUAUUUACGGAUACAUGGACCACAAUGCAGUCAGUACCGUUCAUUGCAAGAUUGGUUCUGAGUGGUACAGCAAACGGCCAGACCAGAACUACUACAUUUUGUUUGUGUUGCCUUUCACGCUGUGUCUUUGUGCCAUCAAUCAGGCCAAGUUCAAGCAGCUUCCAGUCAUGGUUAUCAUCUCCCUGGCAGGCUACUGCGUGAACAGCUUUUCAUCUAGGUACUUUUCAGGAAACACGACCCUUUCCAACUCAUUGGGUGCUCUCUGCAUUGGAGUCCUGGCAAACCUGUAUUCACGGGUGGGCCGUGUAGUACAAAACAAGUUCCUCGAUUGCUGGGAAAAGAUCUUUGAGCCGCGCAUCGCUCGUCUCAAGGGAAAGCACAGGCGUUUAUAUUCCACGGAAGGAGGAUCCAACAGCUCCUUCCGGAAGGACCAAGACCCUGAGUUGGGCCUACCGGCAGAAAAAUCCGCCGCAGCCCCUCACAAACACACUCGCCAAAUUGGAUACGGGCUUGCCGCUGCCGCCAUGUUACCCGCCAUCUUCGUACAGGUACCCUCGGGCCUGGCCGUCAGCGGCUCGCUCCUCAGUGGCGUGGCGAGCGCCGACCAGAUCACUCGCAACGAGACGCUCUCCGCCGAUGGACAGACGUUCACCCGGGGCGCGCAAACGGCAGACCUGAACAGCACGGCUUUCAACGUCUUAUUCAGCGUCAUUCAGGUCGCUAUCAGCAUCUCGGUUGGGCUAUCUCUGAGUGCUCUGAUUGUUUACCCAUUUGGAAAGAGGCGGAGCGGUCUCUUCAGUUUCUAGAGUUUAACCUUUUUACAUUACAAGCCAUAAAGUUGGAGUUGUGCGAGACGGAGAAGGAGAGAGAAUUUCCCCAUAGCAAACAUCAUGGAUGGAAAAUGACUGGAGGCAUAAAGAUAUGCUCAUGAUCUAUUAGCAAAAAGCGGUGGUGUUGAGUGCGGUUUUUUUUUUUUUUGGAUUUGGUUUUUUUGUCUUUUUUUUCCCUUUGUUUUACCGAAUAUUGGGUCUGACUUUUUCUUCUUGGGAAUGAUUAUGAAUGAUGGCGUUCUGGGCUUGGAUAAAGAUAUCAACUCAUACCGGCAGAGGUACAGAAAUAGAUGGCAGAGGGUUACAAAGGGGAAGGUACAGGUACCUAACAGUUUAAAGUUUAUACCACAACAAUAUUGAGAGUUAACACGGACAAUAAGCAAUGGGGUUACC